CCCAUCCCUUUAAUAAUUAUUAUUCUCAUGCUCAUCCAAAAAUUACACAAAUACUCAUACUCCAUCUUCCUCAUAAGAAUGACACAGAUAGUGGAUCUAUGCGCAAGUUAAAAAAAGAGAGAUCUAUCAUCUAUCACUGGACAUGGAAGCACUGCUGAUAAGAUCACCGGCGAUGACGUUGACGAUACUCCUGGUCACCGUGACUUCCUUAUCCAUCGGUGCGGAAUCGUACAGGGGAAUGGUUGGGGGCAGGAAGGAGAUCGAGAACGUGAAGGGGAACGAGGAGGUUCAGGAGCUUGGGAAGUUCUCGGUGGAUGAGUACAACCAGAGGCUGAAGCUGAAGAAGGAAGAGGAGGAAGGGUUAGAAUUCGUGGAGGUGGUGGGGGCGGAGUCGCAGGUCGUUGCUGGGAUCAAGUACUACCUCAAGAUCUCUGCCAUUCAGAAUGGAUCUCCAAGGAUGUUCGAUUCAGAAGUGGUGGUCAAGCCAUGGCUCCGUUGCAAGAAGCUUCUCAAUUUCGCUCCUACUUCUCAGUGAGAUCACUAGCUUUUUAGCUAGUAGAGCGCAUGUUUGUAUGUGCUUAUUAUUAGGUUAAUUAAUUAGAAUUAACUCAUAUAAUAGUAGUGCUGACACAUGCAUGCCUACUAAUUAAUCACGAGUCGUACUUGUCAUGUGUGGCCGCUGUGGAUCGGAGUAUGUGGAUCAAUGUUCAUAAAUAAAUGGUAUUAUAAACUAAUAACAUGUUAUAUAUUUGUAUUACUCGAAUCUAAUGUACUCACCCAUCUGUAGUGAGCUUUUUUUGUUGUAUUUAUUUUGUUGUGUGUGGACCAACAAUAAUAUAGUUUGCUAUUUUUCUCUUCGUCACCGGUAUAAGAGGCUGAUU